UAGCUGGCACGGAUUAUGAAAUAGCACGAGUUCAUUUUACAUGCACCGCUUAACCAAAUCGUCUGGAAUUUCAUGAUGAUAGCAAUAUCAGAAGGAAAACGUAUUCCAUGCGAAAUCUUUCAAAAAGACAAGAGGAAUCUUCCGCUCUGUGAAAACUGUGGGUUCUAUACGCAAACAUGGGCUAGUCUAAUAUGCGAUCACAAGCUUUGUGAAGAAUGCUUCAACCCGUGCAUCGAUUACAUCUGCAAAAAGGACCAUUACAGGACAACCAAAGACCAGGCAAGAAGAGGGAGUUCCACUUGCGAAAUACAGGAUGUGGUACUUUACUGUCCAAGAUGUCCAAACCCAAUGUCGUUCAAGUAUAUGGUCGAGCAUAUCUGGUCUGAGCACCCGGAAUUGCUUGAAAACGCUGACGAACAGCUCAAACAAUAUCAAGGAGAAGGGAACGACGGCAGGAAUAAUCCCUGCAAGGACGAUGGAAACGCAAGACAACGCGGUGUCGAACGUAUGCAAGACAUAGUGCCAUCAGCAAGACAUGCGUGCAGAGAUGCACAAUGUGACAAUGCAAUGAUGACCGACGACGACUCGUCAGACUCCCUUCCAGGAGCUCCUGAUAAGGCAAAGCUAGACCACGAGAUCGGGACCUGUAAACACUGCAACACACCACUGGAAAAGGAAGAGAUCGAAGAGCACGAGGCAAAGUGCCUGGACCGUAUUAUGACUUGCCCGAAUUGUAAAGAAAAAAUGCCAGCUAAAAAUUUGGAUGUUCACACGAAGACGCUGUGCCCCGCAAAAGAAAAAAAGACAACAGACAAGCUCAGAAUACAGAGAAAAAGUGAUGACAGCACAGAAAAGAAGAUAUUGAUGGCUGACGUCAACGAACUGAAAGAAAGAAUCCAUGCACUAGAAGAAACGAUGGAUCGAAUAGAGCCACCACUGCUGAAGAUUAUCGAAAGGCUUUCCCGAGAACGAUAGCAAUUUGCCUGGAAAAUAUUACUUUUCUAGUUUUCAGAAAUGUUUUCAUCGUCUGGGGACGAUCGGCUAGCUAAGAGUGCACCGUGAAUAACUACACUAGAUUAUUUUGCAAAAAUCUGUCUAAAUAUUUCGGAAGAUAGUAUCUGAUGCAUUCAAAGAAGCUGCGUUACCUCUUGAGGAAAUAAAAGUAAUCUGUUUUAAA